AUGGACUCAUACCAAGCCGCCCUCACCGCUGCCGGCCUGAAGGAAGGACCACCACUACGUCCCGAGACGCUCUUUCGACCUCGCGUCGGUCACAAGCGCGACGGCGAUACGCUGGCUGCAGACAAGCACUCGCGCAUCUACUACCCGACUGUUCCGACUAUGAAAGAGCUCUCAGCGCUCGGAGCUCCGCCUACGGUGGAGGUGACCCCAAUGCCGCUGCCGAGCAAGCCGGCACUUACGCUUGAUGAGAAGCGACAGCGCCUGGAGGAUCGCGAGGCGCGCUGGCGAGCGCUGAGCCCUGUGGCUAUCUGCAGCAUGCGUGUCGAGGGUCCAUUCCACAAGGAUUGGGAUGUGCUUACCGGUGGUGUGCUGUACGUGACCGCCGGCUUCCUCGUCGGCCCUGAGGGCGAUGAGACGCCGAUGCACGAGUACAACAAGAAGGACCGGACGCAAGUACCGUCUUUCGCCGUGCCGCUUCCCAGCGCUACCAAUCCAGACCUGCGCACCCCGCCUCUGGCCGGCUGGAGCAUUAUACCGCCGUACAUUCCCUAUCGCUCGUGCCGAACUGCAAUCGACCCGGCCCAGAAUCUCCUCGCAUCUCCAGCCGCACUCAUGGAGAGCGAGGGCUUCUCGAUCGAAAUUACGAGCAAGCGAAUCGGCACCUUUGCACGGUCGUCGAACAUGAAGAAGGCCCAUGGUUUUACUGUGGAGAUGCUGGACCUGGGCACGCUCAAGGCGCCCGAGGCCAUGGGCGGCCCAGAGUCCUUCCGCGGCAACCACCUCAUGUUUGCCUUGCAGCCUUCUCUGCGCCAGCUUCCCCAUGGAGACGAGUCGGCGGCCACUUGCAGCGACGUGCGCAUCUGCGGUUCGACGGUAGCCACGCUCGUGCACCAUGGAUCGGGGCCGUACGUCCCCGUGCUGCACUUGAACCUUUCAUCGACGAUGCAGGGCAACUUCGGCUGUCUCAUCGGGCAUCUGACAAGCACGGCGGGAACAGCAUUCGAGCUCCUCGACGAGCGCACUGUCAGCGUUGUGAAUCCGGGAUACAAGGGACUGCCCAUCAACCCUUCACUGGCGAUCUGGACCUUCCCAGAGGACGAAUGCGACACUCCCGCCCGAGGGAUGUUGCCGAAUGGCCAUCCUGGCGUACUCCUCGCCGAGCUCGAUCUGCCAGCCACCUCCAAGCAGGUAAUCCAGGCAUGUAUCACCCCCCAGCGCGCCCCUCACACGACGCGCGCAACGGGCGGCUCGCCCUGGGCGCCAGACAAUGAGCGCGGGCUCUUACGUGUCUCCCUCAGCUUUGACGAGGAGAGGUACGACUUCUACGUGCUCCGCGAGAUGCUCCUCGCCCUAGCGCAGGAGGGCAAGAACCGAAUUGCGGGCGGGUUCAGGGCACCCUUCAAGCCGUCGGCAUCUGCGCGUCGCCGAGCACCUGACUAG